AUGAAGAGAUCAUCCUGCUUCCUAAUCUUGCUUCUACUUGCAGCUGCUUCUGUCAAUGCCAGCUCACCAGCAGCUUUUGAGGGAAGCAGCUUCUCCACAACCUUGGGUAGGGAUCUGAGAGGGCUCCUUGCAAAAGCCAAGGGAGGGAUCUGGUCAAAUGGCGGCGAAAAUGGCGUGAAAAAGAUGGAAUUAGUGAAAGUUGGAGAGAAAGAGGGGAUUGAUCACAAGCCAAUGCAAACUGCUUCUGCUACCAGGUGCAUUACUGCAGAGUACUGCGCGAAGAAGAAGGUGGUUUGUAUAAAAAAGUGCAGCCACAAUAAGCCGCGCGACUUGGGGAAGCGCUUCCCCAAGAAGUGCGUUUUAAAGUGCACGAAGUGCGUCCCGACUUGUUAGAGCUGAACAGCUAGUCUAGUCCUGCUACUUCUGUCGUUUGUUUUCUGCAUUUGGGUCUUAACUUCAUGUUCUUCUUGCAGUUGCUUCUUUUAGGGGGGUCGAAAUAAAAAGUUGGCUUUCGCGAGAAGCUCGG